UCUUGCGUAUUUAUUGUUCACAAGAAACCCCAUUUAAAUAACCCCGUUUAGUUACAUUAUAGAACAACAGACGGACAGAUUGGUAGGGAAACUUAAUUUUGUGCAAAAUGCUGUUGAGUUGGCUGACGCCGCUAUUUUUCGUGGACGUUGUCGUCCGCGAUUUGGAUCUUCCGAAAGGAUCGUUUCAAAUCGACAAGCUCCACAGGACCAAUGUAACGAUCGAGAAUACGGCCUGGAACUAUGACGUUCAUCUGGCCCAUAUGGAAGUGGUACGUGCCAAAGGAAAGCCAGUUCACGUUUCGUACUUCGUUAAAGAAAGUUUGGGUAAGGAACAUGUCGGUGUUUAUGGGCAAGAAGCGGGUGGACAAUUUUCGAAGGAAUCAACCAUCUAUCAGGAUCUGCUGCCGGCGUUUAAUCAAAUGUUCGAUUCCACCAUUACCUUUGCUCCAAAGUUCUACAAAUACGCAACGGAUCCUCACGACAUUUUGGUUCUGGAGGAUGUAAGAUCGAAGGGAUUCGUGAUGAACAGUGGCUACAAACGGUUUGACUUGGAUAAAGCGAAGAAAGUUCUAUUGAAACUGGCUCAAUUCCACGCAGCAUCGGCGGUUUAUCAUUCACAGCACGGUGUUAUCAACGAUUCGUUCAAGGAAGGCAUGUUCGGAGAAAGUAUUGAUGGCCAUGCAAACAUUUUUCUUCUACCAUAUUACAGAGCAUUCGUUGAAAGCUUGGAAAACCGUAACUAUUCAAACGACAUUGUUGAGUUGAUACGUAAAUGGGAUAAAAACCCAAUCACCGCCAUCGGAAAGAUGUUAAAAUACAAUCCGGAUCGAUUCAACGUUCUCAACCAUGGCGAUCUAUGGGCUUACAAUCUCCUCUUCCGAGACGAUGAUCUGAGAAUGAUGGAUUUCCAGUCCGCCUUCUGGGGCAGUCCAUCGUUCGACAUCCUCAUCUUCCUGUUCAACGCCGUCAGAGUGGAAGAUGUUGUCGGUUCAUUCGAUGAACUGAUCGAGCUGUACUACCAGGAGUUGGUGAAGCGUCUAGAACAGUUCAAAUACUCCAAACCGAUACCAACCCAGGAAGAAUUCAAAAAGGACAUUGCCGAUCACGGUUUUGUGGGGGCCAUCCAGUUGGAGGAAAUCAUUCCGACAGGGUUCCUUUUGGCGCUGGCCGAUCCCGACGAGCUAAAGAUGGCUAGGGCGAAUAGUAAGCAAGAAAAAGAAGCCCUGAGGAAGCUGUUUCAGGUUGAGGAACUGGUACACGAGAUCGAUACGCUGCUGCCGUUUGCAUUCGAGCGAGGUUUCCUGAAUCUGCCCAAGGUUUAGUUUUUUAGUUGUCCAACAGUCUGGCAAAUAUUGAUUAAAAAAAAUUUAUUAAUAAGCCUCACGCGGUUUUUGACAGUGCCCACAAAAUACUCCGUAACGGAAUGAAAAAAAACUUGGAAAAUUAGUUAGUGUUUAAGUUAGCCAGAAGAAACUAUUUCAAUAUUCAGCUUAUCUGAUGAACUCUAGAAAGACACUUGAUUCGACUCAUUUUUUGGAUAGAAAUAUUUGAAAAAAUAAGGAAAUUAAAAUUUGGAUCGUUUAAAAUUUUCAAUAAAUAAAAUGCAAUUGAAAGCGCUAACUGAAAUGUGUUGCAAAUCCCUGAGAGGGGCAUCGCUUGAUUUUAUGAUGAUUCAAUAAUAAUGUGCAAACUCCCGAGAGGGGCAGUAUGAUGGAUCAGAGUUUGUGAUUCUGUAAAAGAUGCAAUUCAUGCUGGGAAAGGUGGAACAUAAAUCGUAGCGGCCUGCAAUAAAAAAUAUGAACUGCAA